AACAGAAUGGGUGGCGCCAAAGCUUGACAACAAAGCGGCUGUUUGAUGUUGUAACGGUUGCUGACGCUCCGCUUUAAUUAAACAGCAACUGUUGCAGUUUAAACUACACGCUGUGGCGCUAAAUGAAACCUACAUGGUGAAAAACGGAGUUUCUCACGCUGGCGUGAAGUUUUAUCCUUCUUUGAAGGAGACCCGAUGUCAACAUGACUGCGAAGUCUGACCAACUCCUCAUCGUUGUGUCCAUUCUGGAAGGACGGCACUUUCCAAAGAGCCCCCGCCUCAGUCUGGUGGUCCAGGCGAGCUUUGAUGGCGAACAUUUGGAAACUGAUCCAGUGGAGCACAGAGAGCAGCCACAGUUCAGCACCGAGCUGGCCUGGGAGCUGGACCGCAAGACGCUGCACCAACACAGGCUGCAGCGGACUCCCAUCAAACUUCAGUGUUUCACUCUGGACUCCAUCAGCAAGAAGAAGGAGAACGUCGGGUACAUCGUUCUGGACCUCCGAUCCGUUCAGGAGGUCCGACAGGAGCCUCGCUGGUAUCAGCUGCUCAGCAGUAGAUACACCAAACAGAAACCAGCUCUCCUCGUCGCCACGAUCCUGGAAAUCGACUCCAAGGCCGCCGAACCUUCUCCUGAAAAAUUCAAAGCUAAGAAGGCCCUGCCUCGACAAGGUUCUGCUUCAGUAACCGAUCUGCUCCCUGACAAGCUGGAGGCCCAACUGAUCCAAGAUCAGGGGUACCAUCAGGUGGGUCCUGCAGACCGUUGCACCGACAUGUUCGUCCUCUCCGUCACCGUGGCCUUCGCUACCAAACUAGAGCAGCUGAUUCCCAGCACAAAGAAACUGUCAGCAGAUGACUCUGGUUUCUUCUUCUACUACUCCUUACUGGGGAAUGACAUCACCAGCGAACCUUUCCACAACUUGCUGAGUCCAGACUUUGAGCCGGAGCGCGCCUCUGUGCGCAUCCGCAGCAGCGAACAGGUCCUUCAGGCCUUUCUGUCACAGCAGCCCAGCUUACAGAUCCAUCUGUGCUGUGGGAAUCAUGCUCUGGGCAGUACCGACGUUUCCCUCUCUGCCCUGGCUGCUGCUCCUGUUGAUCUGCAGGACAAGGCUGCGACUGUUGACGGAGCGUUCAUUCUGCAGCCUCCCAAACGCAUCAAGCUGCCGGCUCUUCCUGCAGACCUGCAGCCAACAGUGGGAGUGGCCGUUACGCUGAGGAGGGAGGAGCUUGCACCUCAGCCAUCUCUGGGGAAGAAAGAUCCCAUCAGAGGUCCAUCUCUCCAUGUCCCACCUGCUGUUGCUCCUUCAGCUGAACGGAGAGCUCAAAGCUCAUCUCCAGUCCAGAAACCUCCUGAUUCUUCUCCUCCUCUUCCUUCUCCUUCCUCUCGUACAGAGAGCGAAGCAGAGAGUCUUCUGGAGGAGCUUGAGCUCCACAAGAAGCAGGCAGCAGCAGCAGAUGUUGAAGAUCCUGGACCUCUGCCGGGUCAAUCUGAAUCUGCAGCAGAAGGUGGAGCAUCAUCAAUCAGCAUCUCUGCUCCCAAAGUGUCCAUUCCCUCCUCCGCCCAUCACUACUGCUUCUCUCUGGACCUCCGCAGCCUGGGAAAGCUCAGCUUACCUCAUCCCAUCGCUGCUACGCUCAGGUACUCGUACCAGUUCUUUGGCAGUUCAGGUCCCAUCAUGACCAACCCUCCUGUGGAGCUGCAGAGGAACAUGGAGGCAUCUCUGCCCCAGUCCUACUGCGCCUUUGACUUCGCCGCGCUGCCUCAUCAGCUGCAGGACACCUUCCUCAGAGUUCCUCUGGUUGUGGAGCUGUGGGAUCGAGGCUCCAACAGCAGAGACCAGCUGAUGGGAUUAGCCUCCAUCCAGCUGCAUCACCUGCUCAGCUCUGAGAAGACCAGAUUGACUGGAUCAGCAUUAGAGCCCAGCUGGAGACAGAGCCACCAGGACCGGAUCCCUGUGCUCCACCCACAGCGUCCCACAGAGAGAGUGGCUGAACUGAGCUACGUGGCGACGCUGGAGGACCUCGGCUUCAUUAAAGCCAAAGAGGUCCUGGUGUCGGACUCCUUGCAGAAUGAACGUCCAGCCGUCCCUCUCUCGUCUUCUCACCCAACGACACAGAAACCUUCCCUUCAGCCCACGGUCCCUCAGGGGCCCGCAGCCCUAACAGCCCCCAUCACUACCAGAGACACCCUGGAAUAUCGAACGGCCCUGGAGCUGGAAAUGUGGAAGGAGGAGCAGGAGGAUCUGUUCGAUGAUCAGCUGAGGCAGAAGGAGCUGAGACACAUGCAGGCGUUGGCAGAGGAGUGGAAGAAGAGGGACGGAGAGAGGGAAGCUCUGGUCAAGAAGAAGGAGCUGGAGUUCAACCUUCUGGAGGAGAAGCUUCAGAAGACGUUGUCAGAUCUGGAGAAGAGGGAGAAGCAGCUGGCUGAAGCUGAGCUGCAGACUCAGCGGCUGCAGAGGGAGCUGAAGGCAGAGCACAACCUCACCCAGAAGGAGCUGCAGGAGGACAGCAGGAGGCUGCAGAGGGAGUGUGACCACCGGGUGGCGCUGGAGAGAGAGAAAGUCAGGCUGAUGGAGGAAGAACGAGGCAGACUGCUGCAGCAGAUCGCAGAUGGAGAGUCUCGCUACAAACAGCUGGAGAAAGAGUUUCAGCUCUACAGAGAACAGCAGAACGUCCGGCCUGAGUUCAGACUGCAGUCGGAGAUCAACCUGCUGACCUUAGAGAAGGUGGAACUUGAGAGGAAGCUGGAGUCCACCACCAAGUCCAAGCUUCACUACAAGCAGCAGUGGGGGCGCGCCUUAAAGGAGCUCGCUCGCUUCAAGCAGAGGGAGCAGGAGAACGCCAUGGCUCGUCUAAAGAAGCAGCAGGCGGAGCUGGAGGCCAUGAGGCUGCGUUACCUAGCAACGGAGGAGAAGGAGGCGGUGCGGCAGGACCGACAGGAGCUGGAUGACAUCAGGAACGAACUGAACAGGUUGAAAAAGCAGGAAGAAGAGCGAUUUGGCCCCGCCCCUGCAGAGCCAGACUCCGCCCCCAGCCUGAACCUAAACGAGAGCGCUGAGGAACAUCUGAGCCGCCUGCUGGAGGAGCGAGACACGCUGCUGAGGACCGGAGUUUACACGCAUGAAGACCGGAUCAUUGCUGAGCUCAACAGACAGAUACAGGAAGCCAUGAGGGACAGAAAGCCCUGACAGCUGCUGCAGUGGCCAAUCAGCUGCAGGUUAACUGGACCCAUAAACUGAGCCGGAUUCAACUCUGUUCCCUUAAAGCUGCACAGAAAUAAAACUUUGAUUUGUAGGUUUUUAGUGUCUGAAGGUAAAAUGAGGAACAUCAGCAGGAGGUCAGGUUGAGAAGAGCUGGUGGACCGUACACAGCUGGACUCAACGGUUCUGAUCAAAGAACCACAGCAGUCCUGUGGGAAUAAAUCCUGUUAAUAACUCGGCUGAUUUUGGAUCAGUUGGAACCGAGAUUCUCUGAAUAUGCAGCAAGAACUUGAGAAGAACCAGAACUGCAUGUGGUUCUGUCUAGUUGUUGGGUCGGUUAAACAAAUGAGUUCAGCUUAAAGAGCGAAGGUAGCAGAAAUAUUUUAGCACCAGGUUUAGAGCUGAACAACCACCACCGUCCUGAUUAUGAAAUCUGAAGCGUCUACAAAUAAUAAAUCAGCCGAGUUAUGAACAGAAUCUGUUCCUACAGCUGGAUGGACGCCAACGUGCCUUAAUGCUCAGAUCGUAACGCCCCAAACGAGAUGAAUCCAGACCCGUUCAACCGUAUUUAUUAACGGUUCAUCUAAUGAUGCAGAUCUGUUCCAUGUUGUGUUUUUUCCUUCAUCGUUUCCGGCUGCAGGGAUCGUCGUUCUCACACCAACACAUCGAUGCUGAGUCAAAGCAUCGCAGGAUUAGAUUUAGUUUUUAUUCGGAACCAAAAUAUUUCCUGAGAUUAUUCAUGAACCUCAGGUCCUCUGAGCUGGUUUAGCGCGUUACAUUAAGAGUUGAUUUAGAAACCGAUCGUGACUCGUUUUUUUAAUUAGAUAAAAGGUGAAGAAAUAAUUGAUGUAAUUAGUUACUGUUAAGAUCUUCCGUGAUGGAAGAGUUGAUUCCUGACAGCAGGUGGCGCUGCAGCGUCUUAAGAUUUUAUUUAUAGUGUCGGAUCUUUGUGUUUGUUUGGAAUAAAUUAUUUUU